CUGAAGGGGGCCGGGCGAGGCGUCUAGAGGCGGUGGACUGUGGUCGGCUGGUGUGUGCCAUGGCGGAGCCGGUGAGGAAACGGGGCCGCCGAUCCCGGGGCGGCGGUGUCGGCCGAGGGGCUCGCGGGUCCCGGGGCGGCCGGGGCCGGCGUCCUCGCGUCCCUCGGUCUCCAGGCCGGCCCACCCUGGACUCGGUGUUUGUGGACUUGGUCAGCGACAGCGACGAAGAUAUCCUGGAGGUCGCAACAACGCGCAGCGCUGCGGACUCGGUCGAAGUCCCUCACCCGGAGCCCCCAGUGCCGGCUGCCCCCCGGGACGACAGCGACAGUGACAGCGAAGGGGCGGACGCACCGCCCGCCGGAGCCCCGCGGGCCCCGGUCAGGCGGCGGCGGCGGCUGCUGCUGGAUCCGGGGGAGGCACCGGUUGUUCCGGUGUACUCCGGGAAGGUGAAAAGCAGCCUUCAUCUCAUCCCAGAUCACCUGUCCCUCCUGAAACUCUGUCCUCCAGAAGCUGAGGAAGAGGCCGAUAUGGCAGAUUGUAGCAGUCCGCUUGCUGAAGAUGCCCCGUUUCCAGAUUCGCCCUGGAAGAAGAAGCUGAGGAGUAGAGAUGCAGAAGAGAAGACAAAGGAGGCGUUUCUGUUUCAAGACACCUCUCCUUUGUCUCCGCCUCCUCCGAGAACCAAAAGCAGGAAGCAUACUCGGGCACUCCAGAAGUUAAGGGAGGUGAACAAACGCCUGCAAGAUCUCCGUUCCUGCCUGAGUCCCAAGCAGUGCCAGGGCCAAGAUCACCAGAACCAAGAGGAUGAGGUGGUCCUAGUGGAGGGUCCCACCCUUCCAUCGAGCCCCCGGCUCUUCCCACUGAAAAUCAGGUGCCGGGCUGAUGUGAUCAGGUUGCCCAUGAGGAUGUCGGAGCCCCUACAGAGUGUGGUGGACCACAUGGCCACCCAUCUCGGGGUGUCCCCAAGCAGGAUCCUUUUGCUCUUCGGAGAGACAGAGCUGUCCCCUACUGCCACUCCCAGGACCCUAAAGCUUGGAGUGGCUGACAUCAUUGACUGCGUGGUGCUAGCAAGUUCUCCGGAGACCUCAGAGAUGUCCCGCCUGCUCCAGCUGCGGGUGCAGGGCAAGGAGAAACACCAGAUGCUGGAAGUCUCGCUGUCUCCGGAUUCUCCUCUCAAGACCCUCAUGUCCCGCUACGAGGAGGCCAUGGGACUCUCAGGCCACAAGCUCUCCUUCUUCUUUGAUGGGACAAAGCUUUCAGGCAAGGAGCUGCCCGCUGAUCUGGGCAUGGAAUCUGGGGACCUCAUCGAGGUCUGGGGCUGAAACCCCGCGCCCUGUUUUGACGUGCCGCCUGGACUUGGGGGAGGACAGCUGCCCCUUUUGGCCCUGUAUGGGCUUAUCUUUAAGCUGAAGCAAAAUCUAGCAGCGAACUUUGACCCCCUCUCCCGUUGACCCUGGUUUCAAGCCGUUAGUUACUUGGUUAGUUGUGUGGUUCUUGCCGUCCUGGGUGGACUGUGGCUCCGCCCACUGGGUAUGCUGCGUUCGCAGCCCCCCAGGACACGGGGAAGGUAUCCCUCACUCCCACCGAGCCCCUUUCCUUCCUGGAAAUGUUUUUAUGCAAAUGUUUUUAUGCAAGUGCUCCUAUUUAGAGCGAGUGGGAAUAAACGAGGGGUGGGUGUGGAUUCCAGGCCUGGGAUGUCUGGGAGCUGGGACCAGCAGUGGCCCCAGGGGGCUAGCAGGUAAAGUUUGAGGCACCUACACGAGUGUGGUUCCCCGGCCUGCAGGAAGAUAAAUGGUCCAGGCCCCACACGCGCUCACUUAAGCCCAGGCAGACAGGGUCUAGUGGAUCCUCAGCUUUGGAUGUCUUCCUCACCCCAGGACCCUUUAUAGGCACCUUCCUGAGGCACACACGUUGUUUAAGACAAAACUGAACACCUCGAGCUCUUUUUGUUUGGAUCUCCCGAUGCUAGUCCACGAAAGGCUUCUCUGGUUUUACGGCUGUCUCUUCCCUGCUCAUGCCAGCCUAAGCACCCAUUCGAGUGUGCGGAUCGCGCGUCUUUGAAUACAAACGCAUCCUCCUAAGA